CUUUCUUCAACUUCUGCAAAUCCAAACAUCUCAACCAAUUUCUACUUUUCUGGCUUCUUCAUCAUCAUCAAACAACAAAACCCACGAACAAAAAUAAAAGAACAAAAAUAAAAGAAAUUUUUUUAAUUUUUUGCCAUUGCAUUUGAAGGAACCCAGCACUUGGAUUCCUUGGAAUCCCAAUGCUUGAGUUUGAAAGAACCAACGCAUGGGUUCCAACGUCCCUAGGCGUGUUGGGUGUGAAAGAACCCAAUGCGUGGGUUCUUUGGAUCCCAAGCAUGGGUUCCAUCGAACUCAGCACCUAGGUUCCAAUGAACCUAGGCGUGGGUUCUUGAUCGUCAUCUUUGACAACAAAAAUAAUCCUCCGAAGAAUGAUCCCAUUGGAGGUGGAAGCAGUGAUGGGGUUGUGGGAAGGGGAAUUCAUCAAGUCUUGGUGGUGAGAAGGGGAACAUACAGGGAUGAUGGAGGUGGUGACCGAGUUUCUGGCCAUGGAAGAUUUCGAUAUGAUGGUGGAAGUGGUGGGGGUCGAGGAAAAGGAGUAGUGUAUCUUAGCUUAUCGAUCUGUUUUGCUUUGGAUGGCGAGGCGACAUGGCUAUCUUACUUUGUCAAAUGGCUGAGGAGGAAGGGGUUUGGUUGGUUUCGGGAGGAUUUGGGAAUUGUUUUGUCAAUGGUGGCUAAGGGGUGGCUAGCGUCAGUGACAACUUUUUUUCGAUAGGGGCUUGCGUUUCUUAAUGGGAUUGCUUGAAUUUGAUUUUUCGGUGAUUGGAUGAAACUUAGCACGCUUCGGUUCCUUCGAACUAGUGGCAAAAAAUUUUAAAAAAAUUCUUUUUUUGUG